UAUCGAUAAACCUUCUUUUUAAGAACUUUGGCACAUGAAAUGUGUUUAUGUUCUUGAUUUUGUAGUCCUGUAAACAAUUUUUGUUUAUAGAGCUUUCUGAACUCUUUAGAUAAAGCAAUAGAGUAGUAGUAAAGCCAAAUUAGUUUUAUUUUUGUCGCUGCAAGAUCAUAGAAUAUUCCAUAGCGCUUUGAAUAUUUCAGGAACCAUAAUAACCAUGCGAUACGUACGAACAUUGUUUAUACAACCUCAUGUUUUGAGAGCCUUUCAACGAAACCACGAACUCUGUCAAAGAUGAAAUACCGCGAACUUGCCUGUUUACCGAGAGUUCUCAAUUUUGUAUGUAAUAAUAAAUUUGGGGGCAACCGGGAAGUUGAUAAAAAUUUACUUUCCACAGCAUUUUAUUCUAUAAAAUGCCAAUCUACUCGGCCCCGAUCUUGAACGUUGAUUUGCCAAAACCGAUUGUAUUGACAUCAAGUCAACUAACAGGGCUUUAUGCUUUGAUGCUUGGUAUAGACUAUGUCCUUCUGCGACAUCAGGACAAGCUGGUCAUCUCGAAAAGCACAUUGCGACUCGGAUUGACAGUAACUCACGCUAUUGUUCCUUUAGCUGUUGUCUCACCUUAUCUUCCCAACAAUGUUGCCUUUGCUGCUGUGCCCUGGUUUAUAGCUGCUUACAGUGCUUAUCUACCUACAGAAGAGUUUACCUUGACAGAAUGGCUUCGCGCCUUGUACAAUACGGUUGUAGAUCAUCCACUGAUGACAUCGGAUAAGGAUAAUCGUACGUUAGGUUUGAAAAAGGUAUUUAGAGGCGUUGGUAAAUUAACCUUCCUAUACUUUGUUAUCGAACCUUUAUUGCCCGCUAAGCCCGAUGAUAUGUUGAAAUACGCAUGGCUAAGUAAAGAGAGUCUUUUAAGCACAUUUUUAUUCGGUUUGAAGGCCUAUCUCAUCUUGGGAGGCAUGGAUGUUUUGAUGGGAUUCGUGCAAUGCUUCUCCGGCUGGUGCAUGCAAGAUAUGUUUGACUCUCCCAUCUUAUCAACAAGGUAAUGGCAAGAAAGCAAGAUCACAGCUGUCAUGAAUAAAUGCUGUAUGGAUUUUACUGAUUUGAACUAUUUGCCGUUUCCAUGUUAUCUCGUCAGUCCCAGAGAUUUCUGGAGGUAAAUGCAUUGAUUUACAACCGAUAUUUUAUCAUGCGCUUGAGAGAGCUCAUAGAACUUCCUAUUCCAGUCGUAGAUGGAAUCUCAUUGUCCGAAAUUUGUUGCACAGUCAAG